GUGUAAUCCAAAAUUAUUUAAUUUCACAUGUAAUUGAUGAAUAUUAUAAUUUAUGAAUAUAUAAUUUAUGAAUGUAUAAUUUAUGAAUAUAUAAUUGAUGAAUGUAUAAUUGUUAGAAUCAUUUGAAAUGGGUUUAAGAUGUUAAUUUUGUGGAUUCCACGGGUUUGUUAAUGUGUAAAAUAUUUUCUUUGGGAUGGCUAAUUUUUUUAAUUUUGUUAAAGUUUUCAAAAUGUUUCAUUUUACAGCGGGAUUUAACAUUUCACAGCUCUGCGGUGAACACGAUUUGUUACAGAGAUAUCAUGACGAAUCGUACUCCGAAGCAUAAAAACUCCUUCCGCCCGGGUAAAGUCCAACUUGUAAAAACCCUAAAACAACAUCUCGCGGAUUCAAAAAUCGUGGUACAGUUCAGAUUAACACGUUUGAAUCACAGACUAAGAUCUUACAUUAAGGAAAAUUUACUGAAACACUUUGAACCGAGGGACGGUAAACUACCGUACAAAAUGCAACUGAUAAAAAACACAAUAAUGUUAAGAGCUGUGGAAGGAACUGAGUUCGAACCCUUGAGUUCCAGCCUAGAAAAGACUAACUUGUACUUUUUCAUAUACGACGAUACUAUUUUCCCCAAGUUCAUGUCCGUGGUUAACGGUAUGAGACGCGCUUCUAAAAUUGUUAAAUGGCGUUUUGAACCUCAUUUCGGCUGUUUUGACCAUACGCUAGUUGACGGGAAUAGGCUAAGAUGUCUAAGCGCACUCCCUGAGAAGAAGGAAUUGUGCUCUAGAAUUCCUCAUCUGCUGAGAAUGCCAUUGUAUAAACUUAUUAACUCUGUAAACGUCGGUCAAUCUCUUGUUAAUUCACUAGAUCAACUACAGUCCAAGUUAAACACAAAUCAAUCUAAUAAUUAAUUUUA